AUGUCAGGAUUACCAUUAAUUAUAAAAAUAAUUGGGCAAGGAGGAUUUGCGGUUGUAUACUCAGCCAUUUUCCAAGGAAAAGAAUAUGCAUUAAAAAGUCUAAAUAACAAUAUAACUCUGGAUAAUAAAGCGUUCAAACAAAUUAGAAAUGAGAUUAAAAGCCUUUAUAACUGUAAUGUUGUUCAUUCUAACAUAAUAAAAUUAUAUGGGUUCACUAGAGAUCCAUCAACAGAUAACUUCAUCCUGGCAAUUUUAAGAAACGAAAGAGAGAAAAUUAUUUUUGGUACACCUUCAGAUUAUGCCAGUCUUUAUGAGAAAUGCUGGUCAUCUGAUACAGACAAGCGCCCAGUAUUGAAUGAAAUAUUAACUACACUUGGUAGACUAUCAAAUUUACCUGAUAAAUUCAUUAUAAAUAAUAUUGAUGUGGAUGAUCAACAACUCAAGCAUUUCUCUGAAGAUUAUGCUUCUUACGAUGAUACAAACGAAAGCCUAAAAUUGAAUAAUUAUCUUAAAGAUGAUCAAGGAAAAAUUAACACUACUAUGGAAACUGAUAAUGAAAGAUUAUCUCCAAGUCAAGAUAGUCAAAAAGAUUUACAAUUAAAUUCACCAUCUGUCGAGUUCAUUACCAAUAGCAUUGGUGUGGAUGAUCAACAGUAUAAGCAAUUAUCUGAAUAUUCGGUUUCUUCCGAUAUUGAUCAAAAAGUUGAUGAAUUCGUCAGCAAAAUCGAUUUAGCUGUUUUAUGUUCAUCAGAUAAUGGUUAUAUGUCUGUAUAUGUUAAGGGUUCUAGAAUAAAGAAUCCAAUUAGCAAAUAUUUUCAAUUCAAAUCCGCGGUCUUCAAAUAUGCAUCAAAACAUAAAAUAUCGGGUUUCAAUGAUCGAACUAUUCUCUCCAAAGCUCAAUCUAAACUUUGGAUAAUGCUAUCCGAAGAACGAAAGGAAAUUUUCAAAAAACUUUACGAAAAAGCUUUGAAAUUUUAUAAAAAAAAACUUCCUAAUUAUGAAUUUCAUUAUCUUCGGUAUAACCCGAUUCUAAAGAUUAAAUCUAUGGACGCGGGCCGAUCGAAAAGGAAAAAAAAUCCGACGGAAAAGCCAGAUCAGAAUAUGUUCGAUUCUUGGGUCAGACCACAAACAGUUGUUGUCAAUCCUAACGCGUAUCGAAUGCCCAAUUCAGGAGUGGAUCAAUUAUUUUUAGAAGCAUAUAGACAUUAUUUCCCAUCAAAACCUCAGAUUAGUAAUAGUAGUAACAAUAAUGAAAACAACGCAUUUCUUGUCGAUUCCAAUGAAAGAAAUCAUGUCUUGACAAUUCCAAUGAAAGAAAUUAACCAGUUUUUGGGACCUAAUUAA